CAGAGGCAGGGAAGCUGGGAGAAGCGCAGCCCGUCGGUGCAGGUUUCUUCUGUUUCCUGCAACUCCCGGGGGUCUGUUUUCCAGAAAGUAAUUUGUCCCUCAGGCUGGAACUUUGAACAUAGCUUCCCCUGGGAGGCCCUUUGCAGACAGCGCAGGAGCCCAGUGCUGGGCUGUACCAGCCUGUGAACCCGUCAGUACACUUUUUGGGGUGGUUUUUUUUUUCUGAUUUUUUACAAAGGUUCUGUCCUAAUCUUUCUCUUGUACCAUGCAUGUUGGAAAUAGUAAAUACGUUUAUUGAGCUUUAAAGUAUGCUCUGUGCUCCAUGAUUCUACCUUUGUUAUCAAAUUUAAUUCUUUCAUGUACUAGUAAGUGGCAGAUGUAGGCUCAGUGCAGUGUAGUAGGAGGCCAGCACCUUCAUGCCUCCCCGGACAAGCUGAAUCUCAGGGAAGGUGUUGUCCUGGAAACCUUUAUUUUUAAAUGUGUCUAGUAAAACUGAUAAUGUCUGAAAGUAAAAAAGUCAAUUUUUAUUUUUUAUUUCUAGUGAACAUGAAAAGAUUAUUUUGUACAAAAAAUAUCUAAAAUUGGAGUCCUCCACGCAAGCUUGUAAAAUAAAGUUGCUCUCCUUUGGUGAAAAGCAGUGUGUGUUCAUCAGUAAAGUUGUGGUGCACAUGAGGCCUGUUUCAGCAAAUUCUUCAGCAAGCUCUCCUGCGCUGGGAUCAAGGGUGGACCUCGAGAGGGUCCAAACCAUUGUGGAGGCCAUUGGGUCCACGCUCUCCCCUGGGGCUCAGCAGCUGAUGAAUAUGGUUAGGUUCCAGCAGCAGAAUUGUAUUCCCAUUGGAGAGCAGCUGCAGUCGAUUUUGGGAAACGCAGCCUACAAGCGAAUGAUUGGCCUGCAGUCAUCUCCUGCCUCAGGAGCCCUUGACGGGUCGCCCUCCACACCUGUUUCUUUUAGAACCCGACUGACUUCGGGAAACGGGACUGAGGACUUGAAAGCUUACAUUGAAAAAAGUUCACAGCCGCCCGGUGGAGGAAAUAUUUCACACCUGGGAGAAUGUAAAGUUGUGCCACAGAACCAUUCUCUUCUCGAGAGUGACCUUAAGCAUGCAGUGUCUUCCUUCCUACCAAAGAGGGCAAGUGACAGCUCAGGCACAGCUCACUCCGAGCUGCUGCCCUUUCUCCAGAGCCUGUGUGGGCAGGUGAACCGCCUCCGAGGGGGACAGAACACCGAGUGGCCGGGACAUACCCCCAGACCCAGCGAAGGGGUCGUCGGUGUUGGGAUGGGAGAGCAACCUGUUUGCUCCUACCUGGAAAAGAUUCUUUCUAAAAAGAUGGAACUGAUGGAGAAGAAGCUGAUGGACCACAUCGAUCAGCGCAUCUGUCAGCUCCAGGAGCACAUCGACGGCAAGAUCGCUGUGUUGGUGGACUUGCUGCAAAGUCCCAGCUCCCCGCCCGCUGGGCUGCGUCUCACACACGACGACUCCGGGGAAGGGCUUUCAAAUGGGGAAAGAUGAGGGCUCCACGCGCAAUGAACUGCAGAUAUUUAUUACCUAUUUAUUUCAAAGCAAACCCCAAAGAGUCCCGAGCAGGCGUGUUAGUGUCGUUUGGGAAUCGUCAUCUUCCUCGCACAAGGUGACCUCGGCCUUCGUUCAGCUGUGCCUGAGGUGGGACCCGUCCUGCACCCGAGAGGGAGCGCGGUCGGUCAGGGGCCGUGUUUGCAGUGCUGUGCGCGCUGCGGAAGUUUACACGCACUUCUGUGCUUAAGUGUCUAAAACGUUUAAGGGUUUCCGGUGCAGCUCCUUAGUGUGAUGUGUAUGUGUUUGAGCUGCGUAUUUUUUAGUUUAUACACAGACUAUGUUUUAGGGACAUGGGAAAAGUGCUCAGAGUAUUUGAUUGAUUUCUUCUCAUUGUUCUUGGAAAACCAGGUACUUGGGACACGCAGCCUUUGAUUUCAGGUCACCAGGUCACAUUCUGUAUUGUUUAUCUCAGAUAACAAGGUGCGGCGUUGGCACCUCGGUAUAGCGACUGUUACUGGUGUGGUGUUCGUGCCAGUCGAGUGCUGCAGUAACUGGCACAGGAAGUCAGAACAGCUCCUUCCCUGCUGGCGUAAUUACUGUUGAUUUAGUGUAUUGGACCUGAGCCCUUUCCUGGGUGUGGGUGUGGGACGUGCCGAGGCUGCGGAGGGGAGUAAGGCAGUGACAAGGAGACGGCAGUUCUCGGGGACGGGCUUGAUUUUCAGAAACUUUAACUCUUGUCUGUGUGCUGAAGGGUGAUGCAUUUGCAUCUAAGAAAUAAGAGUGUUCGUUUUGGACAGGCCUUGUCUUAAGUAAAUAGAAACGCUUCCUUGCCAGUGAGUCUCUGCUCAUUCAUACAGUGUGUUCACUCCUACACUGCUCAGGUGACAGUGUGUGGGCCUCACUGCGGCCACAGCCACGGAGAACCUGCGUGUCACUGUUCUGGUCUCUAAUUUAUGAGGCGUUCACAGCGCGUGUAGCUAUAAGGUAGCCUUUCCUUUCCACUCAUGAGAACUCGGCCUCACCUCAAGGGGAACCCUCAGUUCAGGUUACAGCUUCUGGUGCUUGUAGUCUCUUCACUGAUUUACAAAAAUGCCGCCAUGUGGUUGUAGCCACAGUCACUACCCUCAGAGCCAGGACCGUGGAUAAAAACAGGUGGAAGGGGUUGAAAAACUGAUGAUAGAGUCUCCUGCAUGUAUAUGAUGAGAAAAUAUAAUUGGGGAGCAAUAUCACGAUCAUUUUAAAAAAUAAUGUUCGUCAAUGUGAAAUUUCAUGUGUGAAUGGUUUCCCUGCCUGUUCGUGAACUUGACGCACGUUGUGACUUUGGUAAGUGGAGCACGGGGGCUGGCAGUGUCCCGGUUUAACGGGACCGGGCGAGAGAGGAAGCAGCGUCUCUCCCAUGGGCCUGGCUGGGUGCAGGCAGAGGGGCGGGGCCUGCGCGGCUCUUCCUGGGCCCUCACCCGGCCACCUCCACACCUAGUACAUGGCUGGCGCUGUGUUCGCCGUGCAAUCAAAUUGGCAUCCUUGCUUUUCCCUACUGCUUGCUAAGAUUAUAGACGAGUUGGCGUCAUUGAAUAUUUAAACCCUCUCUGCUGUUCCCCAAGAAUGCAAAAUCUAGAGAUGAAAAGACCGGCCUGGAUGAAAGUGGAUAGCACGGCGCCGUCGGGAACACACGGGAGAAGGUGAAGCCUGGCCCGUCCUGCUGGCAGACAUGCAGCCGCCCACUUCCAGAGGCACACGGUUAUGACUUACACACACGGGGAGGGAGAUGAGCCAGAGGUGCCAGAAGCUUGUCCCACACCCCAGAAGGGAUGAUGCCAGAACAGAAGGGGCCGGGUGACUGCAGAGCACAUUGUGGGGUGUUUUGAUGCUGAGAAGGAAGUUCUAGUCUGAAGCCAAGUGGUUUCCUAUUCUGAGGUUCUGCCGGGGCGGGGGGUGCAAGCAGAAAGCCUCAGACCUCAUCAGAACCAGGGGCGAUAAGAAGCUGUUUCAUGAUAGUCCCCCAGAGGAGAGAGGGAGGCAAGCGCGAGCUCUCUCUGAAGCAGUUUGUUAUAAGCCUCUCACCCUCUCUUGACCCAAGAGGAUCACAGAAAAAAUUGCACCCCCCCAGCAGAGACUGAACGGAGAGCCUGGACUUCCGCGCUCACUGGGCUGUAGAGAGGUGUCCCAGGGUCGUGUCCCAGGAGGCCGAAUGGGGAACUGAGGCUUAUCUCCGAGUUGUAACACCUGUGCCCAUCCAUUGUGGUGUCGGGGAGACCUUGGGAGUCGACUUCCUCACUGACCCAGUGGCACUGAGGCACCAUUCCACCUGCCUCCUGGGGUGGCAUCAGAGGAGGCCUAGUUGAGAUCCAGGACUUUCUCCUGCACCCGGGGGUAACAAGGCCACUUCUGUGGUGCCAGUGGAGAAAGCAUGAGGUUUUUUCCUGCAGUAUUAACCGUAAGGACUUCAUUGAGCUCCUAGAGGUAAAACUCAUGAAAGCGUGCCCUCCUCCGGCUCCCCCCCCAAAAAAAAAACCUGGGUCCACAGUUUUUUUAAACUCUCAAGCUGAUCCUCAUUCGGCCUCUGGCAAUUCAUUAAUUAUCGUUUACUUGCUCCCUCCAGCUGCUGCUUGAGCAGUGGCCUGCUCCUGCUAAGCUGAUUCUCUUCUCUGCAGUCAGUUGUCUCUUCACUUUUUGGGGUGGCUCUUUGCCCUGUGACUCCAAUUCUCUGGUUGGCCUAAGAAGACUGGUUGACUUUCAGUUUAGUUUUUUCAGCUUUUUUCUUGUUUUGAGGAUGACAACUCACAAGCUCUUUACAUGGUGCAGUGAAAACUGGAAGUUCUGUGUUCAUUUCUAUUCACUUUGUUAUUUCUGUUCUUAGACUAGAUAAUCUUGGCUGACCUAUCCUCAAGCUCACUGGCUCUUUCUUCUGCUCACUAAAGUCAGAUGUUAAGCUUCUAGUGAGUUUUUUUUAGUUAUUUUACUUUCCAACUCCAGAAUUUCCAUUUGGUUCUUUUUUAAAAAAUGACUUUCUAUCUCUUUGUUGAUGUUCUCUAUUAGAGACAUCACUAUCAUACUUUGCUCUUUUAGACAUGGUUCCUUUGAACGUAUUUAAAAUGGCUGAUUUAAAGUCUUUGUCUAGUAAGGCCAAUGUCUGGGGUUCUUUGGACCAGCAAUUAAUUUUAUUAAUUGCUUCCCUCUGCCUAUUUUUAUGGGCUGUACUUUCUUGUUUCUUUGCAAGUCCUAUAGUCUGUUGUUGAAAACUGGACAUUUAAAAUAAUAUAACAUGGCAACUCUGAAAAUAAGCUUCUCCCCACUCUCCAAGGAUUUUUAUU